AUGAAGAUGUAUUUGCAGGGCCAAGGUCUCUGGCAAUAUGUGGUGGAAGAAAAGCAACCAACUCAAUUGGAACAAAAUCCUAAGUUAAAUCAGAUUCGUUUGUGUGAAGAAAAAGCCACGAAAGCUCCAAGAGCUUUGUUGCACAUAUACUUGGCUGUCUCAGAACUCAUGUUCAUAAGGAUAAUGGCUUGUGAAGCAACAGAAGAAGUGUGGGAUAAGCUUAAGGAGGAGUAUGGUAGAAGUGAUAAAACCAAGGACAUGCAUAUCCUGAAUCUGAGAAGGAAACUUGAGAUGUUGAAGAUGCAAGAGUCUAAAAAUGUUAAAGAAUAUGUUGAUCGAUUGAUGAAUGAGAUCAACAAAAUCAGACUUCUUGACGAAGAAUUGACGGAUAAGUGGAUAGUAGAAAAUGUGUUGGUGAGUCUACCAGAGAGGUUUGAGGCCAAGACCUCAUCCCCGGAAAACUCAAAAGAUUUUUCCCAAAUUACCCUUACUGAGUUUGUUCAUGCCCUACAAGCUCAACAACAAAGAAGGCUUCUAAGACAAGAAAAUAACAAUGAAGGAGCCAUAAUGGCUUCAUAUAAAGGAAAAUCAAUUCAAAGAGGAUACAAAAACUUGUUGGAGAGAGAAAUGGGAAAGAAAAGGUGA